CAGCAUAUCUGGAGAGGGCUAGAACUGCUUGGGGGUGCCCAACUGGUAGGACCCGAGGGACCCGAAGGAGAAGGUCGGCUGGGGGUUCAGGAGGUAAAUUGGAGACCGGGGGUGCAGGAGGGAGAAGUCAGAUCCUCUGUCCAGGAAACUUAUUUCGAGAGAAAGGGACACAGAGAGGGACAGGGCCUUCCCCAGGGUGCUGAGGCCACUCCUGAGGGGCAUAGGAUAAGGAGGCGAAGGCGGAGAAGGAGGUGGUGACUUUCUGAGGGUGUGUGAAGGGACCUACUGCGGACCCUACAAUGUCUCGGAGGCUAGUGGGGAGCAGAAGGGGCUUGUGAGGCAGGGAGAGUUUGGACAUUACAGUCCAGAAGCAAAGUGUAUCCUGUUUGACCCUCUUCUCUCACCACCACUUUUUGGGGAACCUGGAAGCUAGUGUGGUUGGGGACAUUCCUCCCCACAUCAUUCAGGGGCAAGGCGGCAGAAGGCUUCAGAGGCUGGAAGGAAGCAGUAUGCAGGCAGAAGAGGGCACUGGUUGGUUGCUUGAGCUAUUGGCCGAGGUACAGUUGCAGCAGUAUUUUCUUCGUCUCCGAGAUGACCUCAACAUCACCCGCCUGUCCCACUUCGAGUAUGUCAAGAAUGAAGACCUGGAGAAGAUUGGCAUGGGCCGACCUGGCCAGCGGCGGCUGUGGGAGGCCGUGAAACGAAGAAAAGCCAUGUGUAAGCGAAAGUCCUGGAUGAGCAAGGUGUUCAGUGGCAAGCGCUUAGAUGCAGAAUUCUCCACUCCUCAGUCACAGAAUACCUUCAGAAAGACGUCGCCCAUUCCAGGAGUUUCAGUUGGAGAGGGGUCUCUGCAGAGCCUUACUUGUCUCAUCGGGGAGAAAGACCUGAACUUGUUUGAGAAGCUAGGAGAUGGCUCCUUUGGAGUUGUACGAAGAGGGGAGUGGGAUGCUCCCUCAGGAAAGAAGGUGAGUGUGGCUGUCAAAUGCCUGAAGCCAGAUGUCCUGAGUCAGCCUGAGGCAAUGGACGACUUCAUCCGGGAGGUCAAUGCGAUGCACUCCUUGGACCAUCGAAAUCUAAUCCGUCUCUAUGGGGUAGUCCUCACCCCACCCAUGAAAAUGGUUACAGAGUUAGCUCCUCUGGGAUCUCUGCUGGACCGUCUGCGCAAACACCAGGGCCAUUUCCUCCUGGGGACUUUGAGCCGCUACGCCGUGCAGGUGGCAGAGGGAAUGGGCUAUUUAGAGUCCAAGCGCUUCAUUCACCGAGACCUAGCUGCCCGGAACCUACUACUGGCCACCCGAGACCUGGUCAAGAUUGGGGACUUUGGAUUGAUGAGGGCCCUGCCCCAGAAUGAUGAUCAUUAUGUCAUGCAAGAGCACCGGAAGGUUCCCUUUGCCUGGUGUGCCCCAGAGAGCCUCAAGACCCGGACUUUCUCCCAUGCCAGUGACACCUGGAUGUUUGGCGUGACCCUGUGGGAGAUGUUUACUUAUGGACAAGAGCCCUGGAUUGGCCUCAAUGGAAGCCAGAUCUUACACAAGAUUGACAAAGAGGGAGAGAGGCUGCCUCGACCCGAAGACUGUCCCCGAGAUAUUUACAACGUCAUGGUCCAGUGCUGGGCUCACAAACCUGAGGACAGACCUACCUUUGUAGCCUUACGAGACUUCUUGCUGGAGGCUCAGCCCACAGACAUGCGGGCCCUUCAGGACUUUGAGGAGCCUGACAAAUUGCAUAUUCAGAUGAAUGAUGUCAUCACCGUCAUCGAGGGAAGGGCGGAGAAUUACUGGUGGCGUGGGCAGAAUACUAGGACGCUGUGCGUGGGGCCCUUCCCGAGAAACGCCGUGACCUCCGUGGCAGGGCUGUCAGCCCACGACAUCAGCCAGCCCCUCCAGAACAGCUUCAUCCAUACUGGCCAUGGCGACAGUGACCCCCGACACUGCUGGGGAUUCCCAGACAAGAUCGAUGAAUUAUAUCUGGGAAACCCGAUGGAUCCUCCCGACCUGCUAGCAGUGGAGCUGAGCACCUCCCGCCCCACGCAGCUUCUAGGAAGGGUCAAAAAGCCUACUUACGACCCAGUCAGCGACGAUCAGGACCCACUGUCCACUGACCUCAAGCGUCUCUGUCUUCGGAAGCCGGGCCUCCCCAGGGGCCUGUGGCUGGUGAAGCCCUCCGCCCGAGUGCCAGGCACCAAGACAGGCCGGGGCGGGGGUGAAGUGUCCCUCAUCGACUUUGGUGACGAACUCACAGCGCCUUCCCUGUCUAGCCUGUGCCCGAAGCCCAGCGCCCCCUCUCUUGCCCAGUUGGCCAUGGAUGCCUGCUCACUGCUAGACAAAACACCCCCGCAGAGCCCCACCCGGGCACUUCCUAGGCCCUUGCACCCCACGCCUGUGGUAGACUGGGAUACCCGCCCACUGCCCCCACCCCCAGCCUAUGAUGACGUGGCCCAGGAUGAAGAUGACUUCGAGGUGUGCUCAAUCAACAGCACCCUGGUUGGGGCCAGAACCCCCGAGGGGCCUCCCCAUGGAGAGACCAACUAUGCCUUUGUGCCUGAGGCUGGGCGGCCCCCUCCACCCCUGGAAGACAAUUUAUUCCUCCCACCCCAAGGAGGGACCAAACCCCCUAACUCCUUACAGACUGCGGAGAUCUUCCAGGCUCUCCAGCAGGAGUGCAUGCGCCAGCUGCAGGUGCCAUCCUCAUCUCUGGCCUCCACUCCGAGCCCUGGCUUGGGUGGAGAAGACAAGCCCCAGGUGCCCCCCAGAGUGCCAAUCCCACCUCGGCCCACACGACAGCGAAGUGAGUUAGGCUGCCGCUCAGGGGAACUGUCUCCAGCCUCAGGGGGUGAAGAGGAGCCUGGACGGUGGAGGGGGGCGGCCCCACCCCCUCAGAUCCCCCCAAGGGAGCCCUUCUCCCCCCAGGGCUCCCGGACCCCCAGCCCCUUGGCACUGUCUGGCGGAUCUCCCUUGCCCCCUCGGCUUUCCAGCUCCCCUGGGAAGGCCAUGCCUACCACCCAGAGCUUUGGCUCUGACCCCAAAUAUGCCACACCCCAAGUGAUCCAGGCCCCUGGCCCUCGGAUAGGGCCUUGCAUCCUGCCAAUCGUCCGAGAUGGCAAGAAGAUCAGCAACACACAUUAUUACCUGCUUCCGGAGCGGCCCCCCUACCUGGAGAGAUACCAGCGGUUCUUGCAGGAGGCGCAGAGCCCCGAGGAAGAGCCUCCCUCCAUCCCCGUCCCUCUGCUGCUGCCGCCCCCCAGCACACCGGCCCCCGCUGCCCCCACCGCUACUGUGAGGCCCAUGCCCCAGGCCACCCUUGACCCUAAGGCCAACUUCUCAGCCAACAAUAGCAACACAGGUGCCCGCGCCCCAUCCUUGAGGGCAUCCGCCCGUCUGGUGAAGGGCUGCCCAGGGGAUGGGCUGGAGGCUGGGCGGCCCACAGACAAGAUACAGAUGGUCCAGGCCAUGGUGCAUGGGGUGACCACAGAGGAGUGCCAGGCGGCCUUGCAGAACCACAACUGGAGCAUUCCGAGGGCUGUUCAGUAUCUGAAGGUGGAACAGCUCUUUGGCCUGGGUCUGCGGCCAAGGCAGGAGUGCCAUAAGGUGUUGGAGAUGUUUGAUUGGAACCUGGAGCAGGCUGGCUGCCACCUGCUAGAUUCCUGUGGUCCCACCCACCAUAAGUAUGUGUUCCUCUCUUGGUCUGCCCCAGUUCUUCCUGCCUUCUCUGCCCAGCCCGAUGGACCCCAGGGAGCAGGGCCCUUUAGGCACAGGGAGCCAGCGUUCCCCAAAGGCUAGCCGCGCCUUCCCCAGGUUCAGGGAAACCCCCAGGCGAGCGAGCGGUCCCCAAAGCUCAGAGCGUGAGGGCAAGUCUCAGCAGAAAGUCCUGGGAAUGGGGGUUGUGGGUCAGGGGAGAGGAGGACCCCGAAUAGAAGGCAGCUGCUCGGCGCUGAUCUCUCCCAAGCAUGCAACCCCUCUCUUCUUGCAGGCGCUGACGGCAGGUCUGGGGAGCCGGAGAGUCUGACUUAAGGGGGGGUCCUGUUAGUCUGCCUGAAGGAUCGUUUGAGCCUGUCCUGCAUGGCCAGGGCCAGGGAGGGGGUAGUUUCCCCCUGCCCCCGGGGGCCUGGGGAAACCUGCUGCUACCUUCUCUCCCAUCACCCCACUUCUUCAGAUAGGCAGAGAGGAACCAGAAGGAGCAGGAGCCUCGGAUGGGGCCACCCUUUCACAGUGCUAGUUGUAGCCUUUCCCUCCAUCCGCUUCUCCCACGGCCACUCCAGAGGGACGACCCAGAAGGAACAUGGGGAAGGGGGUGAGGAGGUAUUCAGUGCUGGCCUGAGAGAGGACAAGGGGCCGCCCCGGGCACAAGUGCCCCCUUUCCUCCUAGCCCUUUAAGUCUCCAUCUGCUGCUUCCCUUCCCUUUAGGGACCAGAUUAUAGGGGAAACCCCCGAGCCCGUCUGCUUGUGUCUGUGGCAUUUCCUCUUCCUACGCCUGUGGAAGGAAGGUGUCAGUGGGGGAAGGAGGGCAGGCAUGAGAGCCAGAUGCUUGCCCGCCUCGGUGGAGCUCUUUCUAGCCAGGGGACAGGCAUGGCUGUCAGGGGAGAGAGAGCUCUCAGGAUACAGACCCCCCGUGGAUGGUCUUCCUGGGUUGAGGUAAUGGGGGGCCCCACUGUCGCUCGAGGUCGAGAAUUUCAGGAUGUUGGAGGCAGGGAGGAUGUAAGCCCAAUUUCAGGGCGGGGACAGAGCCCCAGGAUGUGCAGAAGGGAACAAAUAGCCGGCAGCUAACUUGGAGACCAGCGCUCCAUCGCCCCACUGCUCUUCUGUGUUUUCCCCACAACCUCUGUUGCCAAAGUUGCUGCUGUUGUCCUGCCUCCACACAUCUGCUUCUUCCAGAGAAAUAAAAUUAGUUUCUAUUUUACAUUA